GGACAGCAAAUUAUGGAUGAACCUAUGGGAGAGGAGGAGAUUAAUCCACAAACUGAAGAAGGCAAUAUCGAAGAAAUUGCAAUCACACAUCAUGUGAAGGAAGGACAUGAAAAGGCAGAUCCUUCCCAGUUUGAACUUUUGAAAGUAUUAGGGCAGGGAUCAUUUGGAAAGGUUUUCUUAGUUAAAAAAAAAAAAAUCUCAGGCUCUGAUGCUAGACAGCUUUAUGCCAUGAAGGUAUUAAAGAAGGCCACACUGAAAGUUCAAGACAGUGUUUGGACAAAAAUGGAGCGUGAUAUCUUGGUAGAAGUCAAUCAUCCUUUCAUUGCCAAAUUGCAUUAUGCUUUUCAAACUGAAGGGAAGUUGUAUCUUAUUUUGGAUUUUCUCAGGGGAGGAGAUUUGUUUACACGCUUAUCCAAAGAGGUGAUGUUCACAGAAGAGGAUGUCAAAUUCUACUUGGCUAAACUUGCACUUGCUUUAGGCCAUCUGCAUACCCUGGGAAUAAUCUAUAGAGACUUAAAACCAGAAAACAUACUUCUUGAUGAAGAAGGUCACAUCAAGUUAACUGAUUUUGGCCUAAAUAAGGAAUCUAUUGACCAUGAGAAGAAGGCUUAUUCUUUUUGUGGAACUGUGGAAUACAUGGCUCCAGAAGUAGUUAAUUGUAGAGGUCAUACUCAGAGUGCUGACUGGUGGUCUUUCAGGGUGUUGAUGUUUGAAAUGCUCAUUGGUACACUACCUUUCCAAGGAAAAGAUCAUAAAGAAACAAUGACUAUGAUUCUUAAAGCCAAGCUUGGGAUGCCACAGUUUCUGAGUCCUGAAGCCCAGAGUCUUUUACGAAUGCUUUUCAAAUGGAAUCCUGCAAACAGAUUAGGUGCUGGACCAGAUGGAGUUGAAGAAAUUAAAAGACACUCAUUUUUCUCAGCAAUAGACUGGCAUAAACUUUAUAGAAGAGAAAUUCACCUACCUUUUAAGCCUGCAACUGGCAGGCCUGAAGAUACAUUUUAUUUUGAUCCUGAGUUUACUUCAAAAACUCCCAAAGAUUCACCUGGCAUUCCACCUAGUGCUAAUACACACCAGCUUUUUGGGGGGUUUAGUUUUGUUGCUAUUACCUCAGAUGAUGAAAGCCAAGCUAUGCAGACAGUUGGUAUGCUUUUAAUUGUUCAGCAAUUACACGGGAACAGUAUUCAAUUUACUGAUGGAUAUGAAGUAAAAGAGGAUAUUGGCAUUGGCUCAUACUCCGUUUGUAAGAGAUGUAUACAUAAAGCCACAAACAUGGAGUUUGCGGUGAAGAUUAUUGAUAAAAGCAAGAGAGAUGCAACAGAAGAGAUUGAAAUUCUUCUUCGUUAUGGACAGCAUCCAAACACCAUUACUCUAAAGGAUGUAUAUGAUGAUGGAAAAUAUGUGUAUGUAGUAACAGAACUUAUAAAAGGAGGCAAAUUGCUGGAUAAAAUUCUUAGACAGAAGUUUUUCUCAGAGUGAGAGGCCAGUGCUGUCCUGUUUACUAUAACCAAAACUGUUGAGUAUCUUCAUGCACAAGGGGUGGUUCACAGAGACUUGAAGCCUAGCAACAUUCUUUAUGUGGAUGAAUCUGGUAAUCCAGAAUCUAUUCGAAUUUGUGAUUUUGGCUUUGCAAAACAACUGAGAGCGGAAAAUGGUCUUCUCAUGACUCCUUGUUAUACUGCAAAUUUUGUUGCACCAGAGGUUUUGAAACAACAAGGUUAUGAUGCUGCCUGUGAUAUAUGGAGUCUUGGUGUCCUCCUUUAUACAAUGCUUACUGGUUACACUCCAUUUGCAAAUGGUCCUGAUGAUACUCCAGAGGAAAUAUUGGCACGGAUAGGUAUUGGAAAAUUCUCACUCAGUGGUGGUUACUGGAAUUCUGUUUCAGAUACAGCAAAAGACCUGGUUCCUCAUCAGAGACUGACUGCUGCUCUUGUGCUCAGACAUCCUUGGAUUGUUCAUUGGGACCAAUUGCCACAAUACCAACUAAACAGACAGGAUGCACUACAUCUCGUAAACGGUGCCACGGCAGCUACAUACUCUGCUUUAAAUCACAAUCAGUCACCAGUCUUGGAACCAGUAGGCCGCUCUACUCUUGCUCAGCGAAGGGGUAUUAAAAAAAUCACCUCAGCAGCCCCGUGA